AUGAACGUGCCACGCAACCUCGAUCCCAAGGAUAUCCAGGUCCAUCUGGCCAAUUUCAAGGCCGAAAAGUACAUCGACGGCUGGGCCGCCCUCUGGGACAAGGGCGACAGUCUGCCCUGGGACCGCGGCUUCCCCAACCCAGCCUUGGAAGACGCGUUGGUGCAGCGCGCUGGCACGAUUGGCGGGCCCCUCACUCAAGACGCACAGGGCCAGUCAUAUAGGCGGAAAGCCUUAGUUCCUGGCUGUGGCCGCGGUGUGGAUGUCCUCCUGCUGGCAAGCUUUGGGUACGACGCCUAUGGCCUGGAGUAUAGCGCUACUGCCGUCGAGGUAUGCAAGAAGGAGGAGGCAGAGAAUCACAGCUGGUAUCGCGUGCGGGACCAGAGUGUCGGUCGUGGAAAGGUCACGUUUGUGCAGGGAGAUUUCUUCGAUGAUGCGUGGCUGCAGAAUAUCGGGGUGCCUCGGAAUGGAUUCGACAUCGUUUAUGACUACACAUUCUUUUGUGCCCUGAGACCAGAGCUCCGUCCCAAGUGGGCACUUCGACACACUGAGCUCUUGGCUCCGUCUCCAGCGGGCAACCUGAUCUGCCUGGAGUUCCCUCGUCACAAGGAUCCUCUGGCUGCCGGGCCCCCAUAUCCCUCGCCGUCCGAGGCGUACAUGGAGCACCUGAGCCACCCCGGUGAAGAGAUUGCCUACAAUGACAAGGGCCUCAUCAAGCCGGAUCCGCUGCGGGAGCCGAGCACGGCCGGCCUAGAGAGGGUGGCGCACUGGCAGCCUGAGCGCACGCAUGAGGUAGGCCAGGGUGAGAAUGGGGUGAUCUAUGACAGAGUCUCUAUUUGGCGCCGACGUAAUUAG